CUUUGAGAAACUUUCAUCCAUUUCAGCAGAAUUUUUAUACAAUUACAAAUAGAACCUGUGCAGUGCUUUGAGGUAGUCUCCAUAUAAUAAGAAAACAAAAUGGGAAACCACUCCAGAAUUGCACAAUUCAUUUUGGAAGGAUUCUCAGGCCCCCUAGAGCUACAGCUGGGUUUGUCUUUUCUUUUCAUGCUGCUGUACAUCGUAACAUUGAUGGGAAAUAUUGGAAUGAUCAUUAUUAUUACUCUUGAUCCUCAUCUCCGAAGUCCUAUGUACUUCUUCCUGAAGAAUUUAUCCUUCUUGGAUACCUGCUAUUCUUCUGUUAUAACUCCCAGAGCCAUGGUGAACUUUGCAACAGGGAAGAAAGGCAUUUUCUAUAAUGCAUGUGCCAUACAAAUGUUCUUUUUCUCUCUUUUUGGAACAACUGAAUGUUUCUUACUAGCUGUAAUGGCAUAUGACAGAUUUACUGCCAUCUGCAAUCCCCUGCUUUAUAAUAUUACCAUGUCCAGGAAAACCUGUAUACUUCUAAUAAUGGCUUGCUAUUUCUUUGGUUUCCUCAACUGUUGCAUACAGACAAGCCUUACUUUCAGCUUAUCCUAUUGUGAACCAUGGGAAAUUAACCAGUUUUUCUGUGACGUCCCAGCUGUCAUGAAAGCAGCUUGCUCAGAUACUUUUAUAAAUGAGAUUGUGCUCUUAGCACUGUGUGGGUUUAUCAUAGUGAUAACAUCCACUAUAGUUUUGGUUUCCUAUGUCUAUAUUGUGGCCACAAUUCUCCACAUGCCUUCUGUAGAGGGAAGACACAAAGCUUUUUCAACCUGUACUUCCCAUAUCAUGGCUGUUAGCUUGUUCUUUGGAACAGCUUUCUUCAUGUAUGGUCAACCUGGAGCUAUAGCUUCUCCGAAUCAAGGCAAAGUUAUUUCUGUUUUUUACACUGUUGUAAUUCCUAUGUUGAAUCCAUUAAUUUACAGUCUAAGGAACAAAGAGGUCAAAGAUGCAUUAAGAAGACAGCUAAAAAGGGUGACUUUCUUCAGAUGAGCACCAACUCUUACAAAACAUAAAGUUAUGAAUACUUUUAGCUUAAAGCAUCCAUAAAAUUGACCUUACAAUUGAAAUCAGAAGCUUUUCUUAUAGAUCUGAAGGAUAAACAUAUUUUUUUUUAAAAAGAAAGAAAAACAAAGCAUGGAAUUUUGUUCUUAUCUAGGACAGCAGCAGCAAAGCUCCUCUAUAUGCAGAAUUGGAUGGACUUACAUGUAUUCAUAAUGGAAGACUGGAGGGUGAAAUUAAUGCAGUUGGUGGAGAAUUAUAUUGUUUCUAUUUGGAAAUCACUCCUCAACUUUGAGUUUAAUUUUUUUAAAAAAUGAAAUUUUAAUCUUGAAUUUCAAUUAUUAGACUUGUUUGUGAUAAUAAAAGAUUGUUGGUUAUUCUAGUUCAAAGGGUUAUUGAUUUUUAGGCUUUUAUAUGUAUCAAAUAAAGUGAUUUCUAUA